AGCUCGAGAAAUAGCAGAAAUAAACAAAGCAAUAUACGAAGCACAAAAUACGAAAGUAAUUCGCGAUAAACAAUUACAAAAACAGACAGAAUUGGAAGAUAUGAAGAUAAUUAAAAAUCUUCUAGAGAAUGAAACAAAAUGUCGGAUUCAAGACAAAAUUGAUGCUAAUAAACAACUACGUCUGGAUAAUAUUAAACAUAUUGAAUAUAAAAAGAAAUUAGAAGAAAAUCGGAAGAAAGAACAAGAAAAUAAUGAUCGCUUAAAUCAAGUGUGGCGUGAAUACUACGAUAGGGUACGCUGUAAGAAAAACACUGUCCAUGAAGAAAUAAAAAAGAAAGAUUCCUCUAAAAAGUUGCACCUAUUUCAAACCCUUGAACGGCUAAAGGAAAUAGAGGAAAACAAAUACAAUGACUUCGUUGAUAAAGGAAUAAAACGUUUGGCACAACAAGUAAAUAAAGACAGUAAACAUAAAGUAAUUCAAAAACAAAAUAUUGAGAAUAAAAAGCCUUGUUCUAAUAAAUCAACGAAAGUGUCUGAAACACAGAUGGAAACAAAUCACAGACAAGACACAAAAAAUAUUUCUAGACUUUGUCACUGUGAUAGACAAACCUUAGUUUGCAAACCUUCUAAAAAGAACUGCAAUAAUGCUGUUUACAAGAAAGAAGAGUCUCUUCAAUUUUCGGUGCCCCGUAAAUCUUUAGAAGAUGAAUUAAAACGGCGUGAGAAAGAACCAUUUCCUUGGAGUGGAACGAAAGCAACGCACGAACAAUUCGCACAAGAAGCUAAUAAAAUAUUAGGAGAGUGCCGAUAUAAGACAAUGGCGCGAAAAGUUGUUGACGAAUAUAUAAAAAUCAAUGGCUUGAAUACCAACAACUUACCUAUUACGAAUUAUUUAUAGCCUUUUUAUUUGUGUUGAUUUAUUUGGUUAUAAAAAAUAAAAAAAUACAAAUUCUACAAUCA